AUGGACUCUUACACAUUUGCAACAUCUCGUCAGAUAGAUUUCCCGGUCUGCAUCAAGAUAAACAACUUGGAGGGAAGACAGAAAUCAAUACCGUACUCGACUUUGUUAAAGCAUCCUGAAAUCCGGCAUAUCGGAUCAGUGCAAAGCCCAACAUCGGAACUUCAUGUGACGGCACAGUUAUGGGCAGAGUCCAAAUCGUUAGGAGUAUCGAUGCAAACCCCGCAUAUCUUCUUCAAGAACACUCGAACUUGGAACAAAUGGUUGGAACUACCAGUCUUGGUUAAGGACUGUCCUCUGUCUGCCCAGAUUGCCAUCACGAUAUGGGAUCUCUCUCCCUGUCCAGAGGAUGGGAGCAUUAACCACGAUAUCCCUUUUGGUGGGACAACAAUACAGUUGUUUGAUAACGAUGGUGCACUGAGAAAAGGUCGCCAAAAAUGUAGAGUCUACCGCCGUCAUCAAGCAGAUGGUCACUCUCCCUCAUCAACUCCGCACAUACCUCGACCGAAAAGACGGAAACGAGACGAGAACCCGCCUCCUGCCAUUCCAGAGGAAGAGGAGUUGGAGAGACUCGAACAGUUAUUCAAGAAGCACGAAAUGAAUGAACUCCCCCAGAAUGACUGGUUAGAUCAGUUGGUCUUUCAGAAUGUCCGCAAGAAAGCUCGCGAGGUAGAUGAACUCUCAAGAAAACGGGCUGCUAUAGCGAAAGCAGCAAAGCACAAGGCUGUAGAGCUCAAAACCAAGAAUACCGAGUCCGACGAGGACAGCGAUUCAGAUGCUGAGACGGACGACGAAGAGCAUUUUACAUUAUACGUCGACUUUCCACGAUGGGACUUUCCAGUUAUUUUUGAAGACCAUGAAUAUGAGCCAUCCAAAAUGAUGAAAGAGUUUCAGCACACUCCUUCAGCUUCAGCUCUUGGUGCUAAGCCUCCACCUGAGGUCCGCUAUGGUCCAGGGAUAGCAGCAGGAACAACUGUUGUGGACGACGAAGAAUUCCCUGUCAUCCAACUCUUUGAUCCUGAUCAAUUUUACAAGGAGAAUCCCUGCGAGAUCAAACAUCACCGUCUCGUUCGAAGCGACCGAAAUGCCUACUCCGACAGCGAUCAGAAACCAAAUGCUAAAAUGAGGGAUAUCCUAAAUGACAUCUUGUCCUAUGGACCGACCCAAGAGCUGACUUCUCAGGAAAAGGAUGUGUUAUGGACCUUCCGUCGUCACCUUAGCCGCGACAAGCGGGCACUCACCAAAGUUGUCAAAGCCACGGACUGGAACCACCCCAAUGAAGCUCGCCAAUUGGGCGAAUUGAUACCAAAGUGGGCAAAGAUUGAUAUCGACUCUGCACUCGAGCUGCUUGGUCCUACCUAUGACAGUCCAGUGGUUCGAGCCUACGCAGUCGAUAGGUUACGACAAGCCGACGACACCGAAUUAUUAUUAUACCUUCUUCAAUUGGUACAAGCCUUGAAAUUCGAAAAGUACAAGGCCGAAGAGGAUGGCUUACCCGUUUCAUCAUUAGCCACAUUUCUCAUUGAUCGCGCCGCCAACAAUUUCACCUUGGGGAACUAUUUGCAUUGGUUUCUGAUGGUUGAAGUUGACGAUCAAGGACUAGAUACCAACACAUUGGACCGAAAAUUAUUUGCGAAAGUCGAAUAUCAUUUUAUGACCGAGUUAGAACGACGAGAUCCCGAACAGAGAAAGAUCUUGUUGAGACAAGGUGAAAUGAUGGCGGUACUGUCCAGAAUUGGCAAGGAAAUUCGGUUUGGACGAGACAGUCGACCAAACAAGAUUGAGAGACUUAAGAAAUAUCUGGCGGAUCCCAAGAAUGAACUCAUCAAAAUCGAGCCACCAAUCCCUUUACCACUGGAUCCUAGCAUUGAGAUUAGUGGCGUGGUUCCCGAUGGAGCAAAUGUGUUCAAAUCAUCCCUGUCACCAUUGCUACUCAAGUUCAAGAUCGCCAAUUCAGGAGAGUCAUCUACAAUUUCGGCACAGUCCCGAUCGCUCUCGCACAGUGAGUACCCGAUCAUCUUCAAGACCGGAGACGAUCUCAGGCAAGAUCAACUGGUGAUUCAGAUCAUCACGCUUAUGAAUAACCUACUGUUGAAAGAAAAUCUCGAUCUCAAACUCACCCCCUACAGGAUCCUGGCAACCUCUCCAUUGGCUGGCGCUGUUCAAUUCAUCCCAUCUACUGCGAUCUCUGUGGUGUCAUCCAAGUACAAAGGAUCCGUGCUCGCAUAUUUGCGUGCCAACAAUCCCGAUGCAUCAGGCCCGCAAGGCAUUCGGAAGGAGACCAUGGACACGUACAUCAGAUCAUGUGCUGGUUACUGUGUGAUUACCUACAUUCUUGGAGUAGGAGAUCGUCAUCUGGACAACCUUUUAUUACAACCUUCUGGACACUUCUUCCAUAUUGACUUUGGUUUUAUCCUUGGACGAGAUCCCAAGCCUUUCGCACCCCUCAUCAAGCUUUGCAAAGAAAUGGUGGAGGGCCUAGGUGGAACCGCAUCGCCUCAGUACGCCCAAUUCAAGCAGUAUUGCUUCACAGCGUACGCAGCUUUGCGAAAGUCGAGCUCAUUGGUGCUGAACCUCUUUAGUCUCAUGGUCCAAAGCUCGGUCCAGGAUGUGAGAUUGGUGGAGGAACAAAUGGGAUUGACUGGGGGUGCCGUUGGCAAAGUUCGAGAGCGCUUCCAUCUUGACGUGAGUGAGGAAGAGGCAGUCAAGGUCCUUGACCAGGUGUUGGCCGACAGUGUCAAUGCAGUCUUCGGGGUGGUGAUCGAUCGCCUACAUGAAUUUGUGCAAGGCUGGCGAGCAUGA